AUGUUAGGAAAUACUCCUCCAGCGCUGCCAAUAUAUCGCAGAGUUAGAUCUCCCUUGGCUCAACCUCCAGCUACACUAAAUGAAAAUGCUCCUGCAUUUACAACCCCGUCUCCUCCACCACUCCCUACUAAAGAUUUUACAAUCCCAUCUCCAGUAGGAUUUUUGGCUAAUAGUGAUAAGAGUAAUGACAGCAGUAUCGACGAUAGCAAACCAGGCAUUACCCUCCCAAAAAUUAACACCACAGUUUCAUCUAACCAAGCAUCAGAGUCAUCUUCAUAUAAUGAAACUGGUUUGCACAGACGAACCUUAUCGGAUCGAAUAAAGACAACACCUUCUUCAUUUGUUCGACAAAGUCGAAUUUUCUCCAACGAAGACGCUGAUUCAAUUUAUUCAUCACAUUCAGUCACUGGGAGAUCAUUAUUGCUUCAAAACAAGAUUCAAACGGAAUCAUUAUCUCCAGAAUUCCAUCCUAUCGUAACUUUAAUCAAUGCUCAGAAGUUAAGAACUUACUGCAUUGGUUCGUUGCAGAUCCCCGGUGUCAUUGGUUCAGAAAGAGUUUGGUUGGAAGUUGAGGCAAAAUUAUCGGGAAAUGAGUUGGCUAUUUGGAGACCACUGACCGAUGAAUACACUUUAGAGGAAGGGAAUGAGUUCAAACCAAAAUAUAUCAAUUUAAUUGAUGCACAUAUCGAGGUUGUUUCUGGUUUACAAAUAAAGAUCUACCAAGAUUAUCGCGAGGAUGCAUCGGUAGCAGUACAGUUCCACGACAAAAAAUCGUUUGACCAAUGGAUGAGUGCAAUCAUUCUUUCCAAAUUUGAGUAUGUGAAGUUAAACGAAGCAUUUACUGCUGUUCUUUUAUCUUCCAAGGGAUCCAAAUUACUGGAUAUUCAUGUCUUGUUGGGCAAUAAAAAGAGAUUCCCACAAUACGAAUGGUGCCAUAUUAGAUUACCCGAAGUAUCCACUAAAUGGAUCAAGGUGUACAUGGCGGUGUUGCCAGGGGAUAAAGGUCAUGUUGGUAGAAUAGAGUUUUAUCCAUCGGACAAAAAAUUGCAGAAAAAGAAUCUCAUUGCCUAUAUUUCCGAUUUGGCUGGGGUUUUCAACGUUUAUCCAGAACAAUCGAGCAUGAUUGACUUCAACUCAAUCAUGCGAGCUGCAGGAGAAAUCUACGUGAACAAAAAUUAUGAAUACUUGUUCCCUCACAAUAGUGAUGAACAGCUUGAUCCAAGAAAGCUCAUUGCCAAAAAUCACGGCGUUUCUCGUUCUGAUUCCAAUAGCUCACUUUCAUCACUUUCUAACCAAGCUCCCAAUACUCCAAAAAACCGUUCUCGGUCAAGUUCUUUACAUUCGACAAGCUCAUUUUUCAAUCAGUCGACUUCAUUAUCGCCCAAACAAACAAAUGGACAUACAAGAAACCGUUCCUUGUCUAACUUAGGUAAGUCGCCAGCUAACCCAAGUCAAACUCCACUGAGCCACAAGAGGACAAACUCUAGUUUUUUCAAAAAGCACACAGAAAGUUUUGUUUUAACCAAUUCUGUGUACAUUAUGCCCAGUCUGCACCCUGGUGUCACAGCAGUUGAAACCAUGAUUCGUAACUUUAUCCCUAUUGUUGACGCAUUCAAGUUGUAUGGCCGUCCUAAGCGAUUAAUCAGUGACAAAUCAGAUACAGCCUCAAUGUUGUUUGGAUUACCUUCAUUGCCACACUAUCAAUAUUUGUCCAACAAGGAUGCAGAGAGAGCUUUUGCUCAAAAUUUCAAGAUUGGCUCAAAUUGGUUUGAAUGGCCAGAAAUCAUUGCUCAUGAAAUAAAACAAUUACAAUCAUCGAACACCAAAGGUUAUCGUGGUCAUGGUGAUAUAGCUAAAUUGUACGAGAAUUUGGAUUUGGAUUACGGUGAAAUUACAUCUCCAGUUUUCAAGUUUGGCAAGUUUGAAGAUGAUUUACCGAGCUUGAGCGAUUCAAUUGAGUUUGGCGGAAAAAUUGAAACACCACCACCCGGGAUUUCAAGCCCAAUAAGUUUUGCUGAAGAUGGAUCUCCUUACGAGCCACUACCAAAGAUUGUUGUAUAA